AUGGGUGGCGGUCCUAAAGUUCCCUACCCCAAGCACGUAUGGUCUCCGGCCGGUGGUUGGUACACGCAACCGAGCAACUGGAAAGCAAACACUGCGGUUUUCAUGGGGGUUAUCCUAGGCAUCUCGGCCUUGACGUGGAAGCUCAGCGCCGACCGGGAGGUGCGAUAUAAGAUGCCGGAGCCGGAUCGAUUCUACCCCAGCCGAUACUGGACUAAGCAGAUAAGGGAGUACGAAGCAGCGCAGAAAGCAAAGAAGACCGAGGAAUCGUAG